AUGCUUCGUGUUAUAUACGAUGACGAUGAUGAUUGUAUCAUGCACGUAACCCUCGGCUACCGAGACUUCUGCAAGGCCUUGCUGGACCUGUAUAUUUUGGGCGACAAGUAUGACGUUCCGGUAUUACGCCAUCAAGCUAAAGAUCAGUUCAUGAGCAAUAUCAGAACUGUCACGAGCAUGCCUCGUGACCUGCCAGGCGAGCAACAAUCCGGUCUUGAUGAUAUGUUCGAGCAAGCAGCGAGGAGUAUCGCGAGGUUGCUCGGUCCUUCUGCUGUUACGUUCGCCGAUAAGUCAGUUCAAGAGGACACCCUUGAAUGGUGCGCUGAAAACCUUGACGAUUUGCUUUGGCAUAGAGCUUUCCGCAAGCUACUUGGCAAGGGGCGAAUGUUAAGUACGGAGUUCGCUGGAAGACUUCUCCUGAUGAAGGCGAGGCUUGAGGGGGUUGAGUUUGGGUCGGAUCUUGACAAAGACGUCUACGAUCACAGCAGCGAGCUCAGCGAGGGCGACGGUGAUGGUGAUGGCAACGAGCACGAAAGUGAGUCAGAAAUAGAAGCAGAAGAGGCAGAAGGCUCGGUAACGAGUGUCUCGGUACCUGAGGAUGAUUGA